CUGCACCUCCCUCGGCGGCGGCGGGCGGGGAGCCGGGAGGAGGCGGGAUGAGGACAGGGAUGAGGGAUGAAGGAUGCGGGAUGCGGGGCGGUGUCGCCAGAGGCGCUUUAAAGGCUGGCGGGCAGCGAGGGCUGCGCGGCGGAGGCAUGGCCGAGGUGAAGGUGGCCGUGCUGGGCGGCAGCGGGGCCGGCAAGUCGGCGCUGGCAGUGCGGUUCCUGACCCGGAGGUUCAUCGGAGAAUACGCGUCCAGCGCCGAAUGCAUCUACACUAAACACUUGUGCCUGGAUGGGAGGCAGAUACACCUGGAAAUUUAUGACCCUUGUUCACAGCCCCGUCAGGGGAAGCUCUCCCUCACGGAUGAGCUCCACUGGGCUGAUGGGUUCAUCAUCGUUUACGACAUCAGCGACAGAGCGUCGUUCGCCUUUGCCAAGGCUCUGCUCUACAGGAUCCGAGAGGCUCACACAGGGGGCUGCAAAAAAGUGGUCGAGUCAUCAAUAUUUUUGGUUGGCAAUAAACAGGAUUUAUGCCACAUGAGGGAAGUUGGCUGGGAUGAAGGACAGAAGCUGGCAAUAGAUAACAAGUGCCAAUUCUGUGAACUGUCUGCAGCAGAGCAUUAUCAGGAAGUUGUGGCAAUGUUCACCAAAGUCCUGAGGAACAUCACUUCCAAUUUCAAAGUGAAGGAAAAGAGACGACCCAGUGGUUCCAAGUCAAUGGCCAAGUUAAUCAACAAUGUGUUUGGAAAGAGAAGGAAAUCUGUGUAAGAGGUGGUUAGUCUUGAAGUUGGAACAAGCUGAAAUAAUGGAGCAGAGCAGCUCUUGGGAUUCACUGAAUUUCCUCCAGAGGUCAAUAUCUGGAGGAGUAAGGCAGUAGAAAGCAAAGGUGAGAGAUAGAAUGGUCUAGACCUAGGAGACCUGACCUUCUAUUUCAAGCUCUGCCACAGAUUUAGGCCUGUGUUUAAGCCUGUGCCACUUAAACUGUAAGCUGCUCCAGAGGAGAGGUCAAGUCUGUAUUUAUUCAACACCAACAUGGUCUUGGAUAGAGCUCCCAGGUGUAACUGAAGUAUAAAGUUAUUUCACAGAUUCUCUUACAUUGGAAAAGACCCUUAAAAUCCAACCAUUAACCAAACACUGCCAAGUCUACCACUAAACCAUGUCCCUAAGGGCCACAUAAUAUCCAGUAAGCUCAGCCUUGCUGAUUAAAAUCUUACCUCAGAAUUCUGAGUAGGGUUUUUUUUUGUGUGUGCAAGAACAUUUGCACAAAAUAAAAACAAAAUACUGCGGCUUCAUGCUGUAAUGUAUUUGUAUUUAACUCAGGUCCCUGUGUGCCUUACACUUGCUGAAAUUCAUAUGAAUUACAAGCUUGGACACCAAAUCUACAGAAGGCAUUUACCUGUGAGGCUGCCUUGCAGAGGCACCAGAAGUAGAGAAGAAGAUAUAUAAAGCAGUAUUGUCUCCUGUUUCACUAUCUUUUCUUUUUUAUUCCAUGAGUGAUGAAAGGAAGUUGAGAGGGUUGAGGAGUGUGGGAACAGAAAUGUUGGUGAAAUGUUAGUCAGUGAGCACUGGACUGUUUUGGCAAGGUGGAUGUUGAGUGAAAUAAUUUUACAGCAAGGGCCAGCAUAAGGCCUGGAUUGAUUCCUCCUUUUCACAGGACAGUUUUUGUGAGCUUUAACAAAAGUUUCGGUGGCUGUAAGGUGGAUGUGACUGCUCAGUCUCAGAUGGCAGCGUGGGCUGGCAAGGAGCACAAGUUCUUUAGGAUGUCUGCCUGCAUUUAAAGGUCAGCCUGCUGGUGAGACCUGUGCUCACAGAGAAUGUUUUCUCCUAAUAACCAAUGUCCUUACAACUACUCAUCGCUGUGGCAUUGAAAUGCCACUGGAGAGAGCACUAAGUGCUGUUAGCUACACUUCUCAGAUGUGGAUAUUAAACAUCAGAGCGGUGUAAAUGUGUUGUCAGUUGACAUUCAGAGCUCUUACUCCAGACAGCUAAAUAAGGGCUUAGCCCAGCGUGUCUGCAGGUGCUGUGCUCAUACAGAAAUUAUGAAGGGAAGUGAUCUGAAGAUGCCUUGCUGCCUCCCACCCACUCCAGGGGACAGCUGGCAUUCAGUCUUUGUAGGAUGCCUACCUCUGCUCUGAAAUUUUACCUGCAUUGAAACUAGAAAGGUUAUUUUCAGUUUCUGAGUGUUCACCCAUAAGACAUCAUAAGAAGGUUACAUAUAAUCUUAGCAGUAAAGUACUAAAGCACAUUAUAUCGUGUUGACCAAAGAUCACAUUCUUUUUAUAAGCAAAAGAUACUGUUUUAUUUCACUUGUCAUAAUACUACAAAUAUUGGAACAUAGUUCUCAGCUGACAGGCACAGGGAUGCUUUGUUUUUCUGCAGAUGCUGCUCUGCCAUAUCAGGAGCAUUUUAUUUUAAUUCUGUGGUCAAUAUCUAUGAGAGUGAAGGUGAAGGUUAUUCGUGUACACACCCUCCAGCUUCCCAGCCCACACAGGAUUCCACUGACAGACAGUUGAAGCUUUAUCUUGCUCUAGCACUGCCAGAUUCCAGAACUCUUAUUUGUAUUUACUGCUCUGGUAUUAAAUAAACUGGAUAUAAGAUGGAUUAAUUAAUAUGCUUUUUUGGUUGUUGUUUUCCCUUUACUCUGGUAUAAAGCUGCAGACUUUUGUUUUGGCUGCUCUAAAAGGGAAGCACUGUGCAGAAAUUCAAGGAGAAAGUAGAUGUGGGAAUCAGCCACUCGCACUAAAGAGAGCCUCUGCCUGUGUUUGCUGAGCACAAUGAAGAAGCUCUCAUGUGCCUUUAAGGAGUGAAGAGAGCCUUUAAAAAAUGUUUUAUCCAUUAAAAAUUACCAAAAAACAGCUACAGUGAGGCAAAUUAGUUUUGUUCAUAUUCCUGGGAAUGUGGAAUAUGAACAGGUACAUGGAAUCUACAGUAUAGCCCACGGUCUUUUUGUCUGUGUGGGGGAAGUGUUGGAACAGAGCGUAGGUGGCAUCUGGGCCAUGUGCUCACCUGAAAACCACCUGAAACAGCUGCAUGAUUUAGGAACAGGAUGGUUAAGACUUAAAUAUACUAAAGCACCCAGCACAGACAUAAUUUGGUGUUCUCAGCAUUGGCAUUUCACUUGUCUUUUAUUGCUGUUAAGUGCAGAUGUAGAAGAAUCCAAAAUUUUAAAGGAGAUGCACAUUCUAAAUGUAUUUUUAAAAUAACUU